GAGGUGGUGAGUUUUGGUGGAGGAAUGGUUGUGACCUACUCCUUUUAAGUUCCCAAUCCAUUCUGUAGUUUUCCUUCCCACAAAAACCACAAUUCUCACUGUAAGCUCUUCAUGCCCUCAAAAGAUAAAAGCAAAAAAAGAAGCUUUGAUUUGAUCCAUAUGGACUCCCACAAAUGCAAGCUCUGUUCUAGACUCUUCACCAAUGGCAGAGCCUUAGGCGGCCAUAUGAAGGCCCACCUCACUGCAGCGCCGGCGCUACCACUCCCUCCCUCCAAGCCGCCCACCAUCCACGUUGCCCUUCCUUUCUCCACAUCCUCCUCCUCCGCCGCCGCCGACGACGACUCUCUCGAAUCGGAACACAACCCAACGCUCUACGAGGUCAGAGAAAAUCCCAACAGAGAUUUCAGAUUUUCAGAUCCUGUUUUCGACAUUGUUCUUCAAGACAGAGAGAGCGAGACCGAGUCCAAAAACCCCACUUGUAACAGAUCCAAACGACGCCGGCAACCGCCUCUGGAGCUACCCGAACCUGCCAGCUCUGUUUCCUACACCUCGCCGGAGGAAGACCUGGCCAUGUGCCUCAUGAUGCUCUCACGUGACCGUCGGAUCCAAAAUCAAAAUCAAAUUCCAAAUCAAUUUGAGAAGAUUAGAGCGAAGAAGCCACUUAGAAGGAAGAAAAAGUGCCAGAAAUGCACUAAACACUUCCGAUCUUACAGAGCUCUGUUCAGCCAUGAAAAAAUCUGUCAAUUAAAAACAGAGCUGGAAGAAGAAGAAGAAGAAGAAGAAGAAGAAGAAGAAGAAGAAGAAGAAGAACACGAACAUUUCAAAAAUGGGGGAAACAGAAGAAGAAUCUUCAAAUGCCCAUUCUGUUUUAAGCUAUUUGGGUCAGGUCAAGCACUUGGCGGGCACAAGAGAUCCCAUUUCGUGAGCUCGACAAAUGGUGGAGUUAGUGUAAAUAGCUCUGUUUCUUUAAAAGUGGAAAUAAGUCUCAUAGAUCUCAACUUACCGGCUCCUCUCGAAGAAGAUCAUUACAGUGUUGUUUCUAAUGCUUGACAAAUUUGUUCAUCAUAAUCUUUUUUUUUUUCUUUUCUUUUUUUUCG